UAUUCGCUCUGUUACCGGAAGUUGCCGCAAAUCAGAAGUUCUAAAGUUGGUCAAUUCGAGGUUUGAAACGCAGCGGUUCUGAUGUGAGCCGGUCUGCGGGGUUCGGUCGGAAACAUGUCAGAGCUGCGGGCCUACUUCCUGUACCAGCUGCCCACCAAGGUCCACUGGGAGUUCUGCCGCGUUAUGGAUGGACUGCUGGACCUGGACUGGACCCGGUUCGCCUCAGAGGUCCUCAGGGACCAGACGGCGGUCCGCCUGGCGGAGCGGCGGGAGAGGCGGACGGACUGGGUGAUGAACCAGUGGGAGAACCGGAACGGUCGGGUCGGGGAUCUGAUCGACCUGCUGGAGGAGCUGCACCUCUUCAGAGCGCGGGACGUCAUCCUCAGCUGGAGGCCGACUGUGACUCCUUUCCCGCCGCCUGCCCUUCCUCCUCCUCCUCUUCCUCCUCCUCCUCCUCCUCCUCUGGAGGAGCCUGCUCUGCCCACAGCUUCCUGUCUGGUUGAAGAGGGAGGAAAAGCGCUUCCUGGACCGGCGCCACCCCCUGACAAUCUGCACACUGAGGACCACCAGCGCUCCCAGGAGCCGCACCCACCUGCCCCUGCGAUCGAUGAUGUCAUCCCUCCACCUUAUUCUAACAGCCUGGUCAGCGCCGCCAUCUGCUGGUCUUACGAAGAGGUGCAUGCUGGGACGCAAGGUUUCUCCCCCAGCCUUCAGGUUGGAGAGGGAGGCUUUGGGGUCGUCUACCGAGCGUCUCUCAGGAACAUGGACUGUGCCGUCAAGAGACUGCGACAGGACAGCGAGAUGGACUGGACCCGUUUAAGGAAGAGUUUCCAGACUGAAGUGGAGAACCUGUCUAAGUUCAGACAUCUGAACAUUGUAGAUCUGCUGGGCUUCAGUGAAGGAACCGGAGGACUGAUGUGUCUGAUCUACAGCUACAUGGAGAACCGAUCCCUGGAGGACCAGCUGCACAAUGCAUGUGAGGUUCUGUCAUGGCCUCUCCGGGUCAGUAUUGUGGAAGGAGCAGCAGCAGCUCUUCAGUUUCUGCACCAUCCCCCCUCAGGUCAGGAACCCCUGAUCCAUGGAGAUGUCAAAAGUUCUAACAUCCUGUUGGACCAGCAUUGGGUUCCGAAGCUUUCGGACUUUGGUCUGGCUCGGUACGUCCCACGCAGCUCGGCGGAUUCUGCGACACAGACAACGUCUGUUGGUAAGACGACAACAGUGAGAGGAACGCUGGCGUAUCUUCCUGACGAAUACGUGAGAAGAGGAGAGCUGUGCAUGGCGGUGGACGUCUACAGCUUCGGAGUGGUUCUGCUUGAGGUUCUGACGGGGCGCCGGGCUCUAGAACGGGACAAGAAGUGUGGAGAACGAUACCUGCGGGACCUUGUGGAUGAAGUCGACGACGGUCCAAACGGUUCCUCAGCAGAGGCCUGGAGGAGACACCUGGACCGACGGCUGAUUGGAGGAGGCACCGCUGAACCUGACGGAUACCUGCAGAUGGCGACACUGGCCCAAAGGAAUCUGAGCAGACAGAGGAAGAAGAGACCCACCAUGACUGAGGUGUUUCAUAAACUGAGAGACAUCGGCAGCGUUUUGAGGAGGAAACCCUCCUCGUCCGUACGGCCAGAGCCCCCUCGCCAUUCCUCUCCCAGACCCCCCCGCUCCCUGGACUCCUGCAUCACGGCUGUUUCCCAGCAGUUAUCCAAACUGGGACCACUGGAAGCAACCUUCCCUCCCUCCCAGUACUACUCCUCUUCCUCCUCCUCUUUUGGGGCUCUCACCCCUCCCCAUCCGCUCCACUCCUCCUCCCUCAGCCACCUCUCCUGCUCCCUGGCUGGCCCGUGUGAAACUGACGAGAGCCGCGGGUUCUCCCAGUACGAACUCAGACCACAGCUGAAGUCCAACGGAACCAGCUGCCAGUCUAAGAACAAGAGUCCAGCCGGACCUGGAGAGUCCCAGCUCAGCCAACCCUCUGUUCCCACUGAGGACCAGUACAACUACCCGUCCCAGCCCAGCAGCACCUCCUCAAACAGCUCUGGCCCCGGAGCGGCAGCGGGCAGUUUCUCCCCCGCCGGGUCGCUACAGUCCAACCCGGCCGGACUCUCAGGUAUGUGUUCCAGACGGGUGUUGGUUCUGGUGUAUCCGAUCGACGCUUCAUCAGACUGUGUUUGUUCAGUUCUUAUCAAUCCCAGCAAACAGCGACUGUUGGAGAAGAAAACUCAGUACGAGGAGGAACAGAUCAGAACCACGGAACUGCUGUCUUUGGAGGACCUUUAUGGAGGCGGGAGGAGCUCAGAGGAGCUGAGAGGACCAGAGGAAAGUGAUGAGCUGGAGUAUCUCCCAGGCGGGGGCUCCUGACGGGUCACGGUUCUGGAGCUGGGACCGUUUGGUUGUUCAGAAACUCUGAGGAUCUGCUGCCAGCUGGACCCUGAACGCUCAUCUACUCAGACAUCUGGACAGUUCACCAAAACACCAGGAGCCUCAUUUCUAAAACAUUGCGUAGGAUCCACACUAAACGUCUACAUAAUGUCCCCAAAAAUGGCGAAC